UUCGUGGAUGUAGGGUAGUAAUUCUUUUCUAAUGGGUGAACUUUAGGAGUUCUCACUGUGCAAAGCAAUAAUGAUGUUGUUUUUACUUGCUGCACUUUUAUUUGGGAGCAACAAAGCACUUUCAGAAAAUUCGGAAAGUGACCCUGGUGCUGUUACUCCAGAAAUUAUAAAAGUGGAGGCAGAUGAUGUAAAAAACAACAGCAUUUUCUUCAAAAUUCACACCAUCGGAAAAGUUGAUAUGAUAUUUGUGAAGUACCGCGACGUUCGGUCCUUUUUCGAAGUGAAGCUUCAUUGGAAAUUUGAAGGCUCAGGUCCAUAUGAAGUGAAGAAUUUAAUGGCCAGCAGUGAAUAUGACUUCCGGUUUGCAUUAAACGUACCUGGUCACUGGUCAAGACCUUACAUAUUUACAACUCUUCCUGAAAAACCGGUGUUUAUAGUCGGUGGUUUAAGCGAUGGUUCUCUAAAAGUUGAAUGGUCUCUGAGAACAGACGACAACAGCCGAAAAACUAUCGACAAACACGAAUUAUCUUAUUACUCAGUUAUUAAUCAAGGGCAUACCUGGCAAAAGAAAGACUGUGCAAUAGUGGUCGAAAUUCCUAGUUGCAGCGAAUCUAGAUUCACCAUUACAUCAUUGGAAAAAGGAUCAUAUUAUGAAAUACGUUUACGAGCACAUACCGCAUCAGGCUAUGGAGAGCCUUACUAUCUCAAAGUACAUCCUUGAAUCACACCCAUCAGAAGUCAUUCAUGAAAAUGCAAGGGGAAAAACUCAGCAGAUGCUUGCGUUUCUGAUAUAUGCUAUUCAUGUGAACUACAUUUGAGAAACACUGUAAAUAAAU